CAAAAAUGUUACACCCGUCUACCUCAUGGGGCCGGUCACUCUAACUCGCUCAGCACCAUGAGACUACGCCAGCCUUCAAUAUGGCACAUCACUGCCCUCGUUUGCUUGCUAGGCCGAGUCGUCCACGCUUCGCUUGGUGAUAGACUGCCAGACUUCAAAGACUGUGUACAGGUCUGUAAAACUGCAAACUGCCUUGAGAAUCCUACCCCAAUCCCUCUCCACCGUCGCAUCCUCUUCUGGGAUUGCCCUUCUGAAUGCGACUACACCUGCCAACAUGUCGUCACGGACAAAAGACUGGCUCGUGAUCCUCCAUACAUGCAGCCUGUCUACCAAUUCCACGGGAAAUGGCCCUUCUACCGAUUUAUGGGCAUGCAAGAGCCCUUCAGCGUCAUCUUCUCCCUCUUCAACUUCCUAGCGCACGACUGGGGCAUCAGUCGGAUCCGCGACAGGAUCCCCGCCUCCUACCCUCUCCGUAAAUACUACAUGAUGUUUGGAUACCUUGGGCUGGCGAGCUGGAUCUUCAGCAUGGUUUUUCAUACCAGGGACUUCCCGCUGACGGAGAAGUUGGACUACUUUGCAGCAGGAGCUAGCGUGCUGUACGGCCUCUACUUUGCCCCGAUUCGCGUGUUUCGUCUUGAUAAGAAGGUCCCCAUGAAGCAAUCGAUAUUGCGCCUCUGGACGGCCCUGUGCAUCCUUUUGUACACGCUGCAUGUCCUCUACCUCACACUCUGGUCUUGGGACUACACCUACAACAUGGCUGCUAAUGUUACCGUUGGUAUCCUCCAGAACCUGUUGUGGAGCGGAUUCAGUUACAUGCAAUACCAAAAAGUCGGUCGAACAUGGGCUGCGUGGCCUGGUCUCAUUGUCGCUUGGCUGAUCAUGGCAAUGGGCCUAGAGUUAUUGGACUUCCCGCCCUGGAAAGGAAUGAUCGAUGCGCAUAGCCUCUGGCAUCUUGGGACAGUCGGCCCGACAAUUUGGUGGUACAAUUUCCUCGUCAAAGACGCGCAGGAGGACCUUGCAGGUACGAGACUCAAGGCUUAGUAGAGGGCAAUCGUGUCGCUGCAUCACACGCUGUGGCUUCGUCGCUUACCGAUUGCGCCUAGGAAAACUUCCCACGACUGAUUUUGAUUUAGGCGCUCGAAAGGACUAAAGCGAGAGUGUUAGCAUCCGACUUUAGCUACAGGUUCCGCGAUUUCAGUUUUUGGUAUACCAUGUUGGGGAUUUGGCAUCAAG